GGUUUGGCCCUGGCGAGUAAAUGCUCCAGGAGAAAGGAGAAGCAAAUCCAGGAGAAGCGGAAGUCGGGAGGAUGGCCCGUGUCGGUCUGAGGUCGGGCUGGAUCGCGAGAUCGGGCCUCUGCGGCCCCCGUGGGAGGAUGGCGUGCCAGCUCGCGUGCGGGACGGUGUCUCGACGAACCCUGGCCGACAUCUGCACGUUGGGAGGUGCGGAGACGGCAUGGAGGCGGAUCUUCGGCUCCCGUUACGUCGACGAAGCUGUCGCCGAGGAGUAAGUAAGAAAAGUCGCGGCGGGCUUUUCAACCGUCAGCUGUCAAGAGGAGUACAAUGAAACCAGUCUGUUUGGCUUCGACUACUCACAAAUCCGACCGCCCGUUCCACCGGACGGGAAUCCUGUAGAAGUGAGUAUCAGCGUGCACAUCUUGAACAUCGUAAUCGACGAGGCUGAACAGGUUAUUCAAUUUGACUGUUACCUGAGGACAAUCUGGAAAGAUCAUCGAAUCAACAUGCCCGACGUGGAAAUGAUCCAGCUGGACACUGCCAUCAUGGAAAAGAUGUGGGUGCCCAACGCGUACUUCGUGUACGUGCAGCGCGUGGAGCGGCCCGAGCUGCUGUCCGACGCCUCUGGUGUGACGCUCUACAGAAAUAAAACGAUCGUACACUCCAGCCUGUACCUCACCAGAUACACGUGCUAUAUGAAUUACAAGAAGUACCCGAUGGACACUCAGCGAUGCAACAUCCGGCUGCAGUCCUAUAUGUACAAUAAUAAGGUACUGCGUCUUUAUUGGCACGAGACUGGCGUGACAUGGGAACGGAACAUUCGAGUCAGAGGGUUCGACCUGGCAGACAUCGUUACGGUGCCUACGAAGGAUCGUGUCACCCUUGCUGGGGUCUCAGUUUCGAGGUGCUGCUGUCGCGCCGCGUGUCGAACGCCGUGCUGACCAUGUACGUGCCCAGCACGAUGCUACUGAUCGUCAGCUGGCUCUCGCUCUGGGUCCCUCCAGAACUGGUGCCGGGCAGAAUGGUGCUGGUGAUCACCACUCUGCUGACUUUAACAGCUCUGUUCAACGCUAGUAUCCAGGCGGUGCCCGAAAUCAACUACGUAAAGGCGCUCGAUAUCUGGAACCUGGCCUGCAUCGUAUUUGUGUUCUGCACAAUCGUGGAAUACAUUGCUGUUCUCAGGUUUUCCAAUGAAGACAAAAGGAGGAAGGUGGUCCCAGUAGAAAAUGAUAAGAAGGCCGCCUGGUCAGUGUGCCGGCGCUGGAGCGGAGAGGAGAAGGCCGACCUGCUCGAGAGGACGUUCCGCGCCCUGCUGCCGGCCGCCUUCUGCGUGUUCAACAUCGCCUACUGGAGCUACUUCCUCACCACGAACGACGCUUGAGUAGUAGGCGGACUGCUUCUCAGGAGAUAGACAGCUCCUUAGAAGGCAGAUAGCUCGUCAGGAGGCAGACAGCGUGAUCCUCAGGAGACAGACCGCUCCUCAGGAGACAGACAGCACUCUUCAGGAGGCAGACCGCUCCUCGGGAAGCAGACCGCGCUCCUCGGGGCCGGCGGGGUGGAAGGCAGCUCAUGCUGUGUCAGGUGACUGUGUCAGACUCAGACGGGUGAUCGUACCUCGCGACUGGCGAAGGCGGUGGUGUGAGAAGUGGUGGGAUCAGAUGACACAGGCCGCAUCUGUUUUUAUUGUAUUUUAGAUCUGCUAUUGUAUGUAUGCAUGCAUGUUCCUACGCAUAUGCACUCACUCAACAGUGGCGUCCGUCCUGCACAUCCGUCUCAACUAU